AUGCAAACGCCUCAGGCCCAAAGUCCCCCCCGGCCCAAUUUGCGCAGUGACGCGGGCUCUCCAAGGUUCCACGGUACCUCACCUGGACGACUUUCGGAGUUUCGACAAUUCGGGUACACUAGACGCACCACCAUUUGGCACUCCAAGCAUACACAACUUCUGCAGACAACUGGCACUAUCUCGUCGCUUAACACCUUGUGGCAUUGGGCCCUUGACUACCAAAGCAGUCGCAACGCCAUUGCUGCUGGAGUCGAAGCCGGUCUUAACAUCUGCACAGCUCAGCCCGAGCCAGCGAAUGCCGCUCUUUCAAGUACGGGGGACGGACGAUCCACUGUUUACGGGUAA